AUGUUUACUGGACAAAUCCUGCCAUUCUCCGCUGGAGACUCGCCUCCGCUCGCGCAUAGCAUCGGCCGGCGGGCCCUUCCUCAGGCCCAAACCCACACAGCGUUCGGACACAACUUCCGCGCAUCAGCGCCCCUCGCCCCAGACGAGCAGACCACCCCCAACGCGUUUGCUUCCCGCUUCCCCGCUUCCGCUGUCUUCCGCUGUCUUCUGCUCUCUGAGCCAACAAGGAGCAGGCUCCUGCCGCAACCUGUCGCACACUUCCCUUUCCUCACCGCGCGACAGAAGAGUGCCAACGCCAGCCAGACACACGAGCGGGCCUUGUUACAAGCCGCUCGAGACAGCGCCGUCAUCGCAGACCAUCUCCGCUCCUUCCUCGAACGCAUACGAAAACGGAAACCACAAGCCAACCUUAUCAACACACGCCACAUCUCCCAACAUUCGACGGCCACCCGGCCGAGCUCCAGCGCUCCAAAGCCCCCGAAACGCCAUCGCGACGCCUCGACGACGACCUCUAUAGAGCCCUCUGCGGAUAGAGGCAGUCGGGCCCAGGUCGCGACAAGGCAGGGCAUGCCAUCCCAUCUCCCACGUCAUCUCGUCAACAUUCGGGAAGCAUCGCGCCGCGUUCCUCCAACCACAAUCUUCGUCUCCAUUCAUCACGCAGGAACGCGGCUGCUCUUCCACUCAACAUCCCUUAGCAACACCGCACGAAGCCGCGCACGUCAAAGAGGACAAUCCGCGGAAGCGGCUCGCAAUCUCGCGGAAGACUCCAGAACUGCGCACUCAACUUCUAGCAGCCAGGCCUCCAAAGUUCGAAGCACCCCCAACACAGGCGCAGCACCGAUCAACAUCACAAGAACAACACCCACGCACAACCGUCAACAACGCGCACAAACCGUCGCAUCCAGAGCACCAGGAGAACCCAAUCCUCCCACGAUCGUCAAUCGCCCAAGCUCACCACAGCAGCCGCGCUCUCGCGGCACGUCUCCGAUUCUUCGCCACUGCUCAAGCGGCAAUGCCGCUUCAUACCCGCUCCCCUGCACCGAACCAACAUUCACCAGUCAGACAUGCAUCAUAACCUCUAUUCUGGCAGGGUUAACACACGCGGAAGAACCGCGAACGAACCAACGCCCGUUUCCCUCGCAUUCCCUCACCAACAUCCCCCAGGCAAACGCCUCGUCGGCAUCCUCAAGAACAAAUCCCAGCACCCUCCCAGCACCCCUCCACCUCCCCGCCGGCAGCGCCUUCGGCGGUUCCGCACACACGCCAACACCCCGGGUCCACCUUUUCCUCAGCCCAUCGCUGAUUUUCUGCAUUCCGCGGCACUGGCAUGUGCAGGCAGACAUUGACCACGAUGAUCACACUCGCGCAAUGCUCGGGCCAAGCACCACUCCCAUCGUGUCCCAGCCUCGCCGCCGGAUUCCUUCGCCUCGCCAGCGCGCCAUCAGCAGUCGCCUCCCCGACGCCGCCGGUCGCGCAAUCGUUAACGAGUCUCACCGCAUCCUCGAUCAAAGCCCUCAUCCUCGGAGCCUAAACCAUCUUCACCAGAAACGCGGAUACCAUGUUUCACAUCACACCACACCACAAUGCAACGCUCGAAGCCCAGACGCGUUGCCAAAAGCAGCCAGGAUCCGGCGGAUCCAGAACACCAGAUCCCGAAAACGCUCACCAAUCUCGCUCGUCGGCACACUGGCGCCAACGCGGAUCACCACGCCUCCUCAGCCAUGUUCGAUCACGCAGCAAACCAAGGAAGGCAGCACGCGCGCAAAUCGCCCAACGCAGCUGUCAAUACAAUGUUCCGCAAGCCAACCACGCUCACGCCAUCGGACCCUUCACAUCACUCAGUGCCAUGAAGAGGCGCUCAGCGCCGCCACGGUGGACAAAGCAUCACGCAUUCAGACUCGACGCCACCCGCGGCGAGAUUCCCAAUGCGGUAGACACUGUGCUCAGAACACGGAGGAAAGCCCGGUCGCCCCUUCGGCGGCAAGGGCAAAUCGCCACGUUCUCAUCACAACCCAAUUGAGCCCACGCGGCAAGUCAUACGUGUCGAAAGGCUUAAGGCGUUCAGAGCCAAACACAGGAAGCAUCUACCCCAUCAGCGCUCAUCAGCACGCACCAAUACCCCACAUCCCAGACAACAUCCUCAACGGCGAUGAGGACGAAGGAUCAUCCAACAGUCAGCAAAGCACAGUCAGACUCCUCAAGGGCGAUUUGAUCACGAACGCAGCCGGACGAACGCACGACGAACGGCGCUCUCCACGUCGACAACGACGACGACGCGCAAGCCGACACGAAAGCACGAUCCAAAGCCAGAUCAGUGCGGCAAGGUGCGGCCGUCCUCAAGAGGGGGCUCCCUCAACAGCCAAGCCUCCGUGGCCAUCAAGUAAAAGUCCUAGGUCGACCACUGGCCAAGCCGCCAAUGUUCAAAGGCCAGUCAUCCUCCUUCACCGUACUCGCACGGCUCCGCGAAUCAGUCUCACAGACACCUUUCGAGCUCAGCGUGACGGGCCCCCUGUCCGCUCGACGACCCUGCCAAAGACGCGCAUCACAUCCAAGCGCGAGAGCCGCAGACAGCACACAUGGAAGCCGCUACAAGCCGGCACUACCAGACAGGCUCUCAAACUAGAGAACGCAAAUCUCCGAGCGGCUCUCGAGGUCCAGAACGAGCACACGAAGACCUCAACGGACCCCACAGAGGAUCAGACACAGUCCGCGCGAACCGAGCAGAAGAGAAGUAACAACCGCCCUGCAUCCCUCACCGAUCCAACGCACAACAGGCACCACGACGCAUGGCAGACCUACGGCGUCAUCUUCCUAGGCCAUCCAAGCAGACCCAACGGCUCCACUACAUCCCGUCCAAGAGCUUCACGUUCAUUCAACGGCACCCCUCUACUCGCGGCAUCAAGGACAUUAUCUCUCAGCAGGCCGCAACACUACGCUCGCCAUCAAUGGGAUCCGCACUGA